GAGAGAGAGAGAGACAGCAAGAAAGAGAUCGAGGGAGGUUGUCGUCUGCGUAAUUUGAAUGUCUCUCCGUGCGUCUGAGCAGGCAGCUUGAGGUUGUUGGUACCUCGCAGAAGAGACGUUCACAAAUCCGAUCUGUAGAAAUAACCGACAGAUCUGCCGAAACUCAAGAGCAGUCGUCGAAAACUCGAGAUAAAGAACCCCCAGCAGCAUGCGCGUUGGCCGUGUGCUCGCCGUGCUCCUCCUGUUCCUGGCCCCCGCGACGGCCCAGGAUGUAACAUUCGAAGGGAAACAGUUCAAGAUGACCUGUCCGAAUGAUGACGGGAAAUGGUACAAGAAUGACAAAGAGCUGGAUGAGGGUCUAACCUUGACACUCGACUACGACAGUGAUACCAAAGGCUCGUACCGCUGUGAUUACAAAGUUGAUGAGACGGACAGAACAUACUACUUCUACGUGAAAGGAAAGGCGUGCGCCAACUGCGUCGAGCUGGACGCAUCGAGCUUCGGCCUGGUCAUCGCUGCGGACAUGGCCGGCACCGUGGUUCUGAUGGCGAUAAUCUACAAGUGCACCAAGAAGAGGAGCUCGGCCGGGCCGACGCCGUCGUCCAAAGCACCAGCUCGUUCGGGAGGCCGGGCUCCACCCGUCCCAUCUCCGGACUAUGAGACGCUGAACGCUCACACCCGCUCCCAGGACCCUUACUCUGUGGUGAACAGGACGGGAUAGAGUCGAACCACCGGACUGCGCCGGGGUCACAGGGUCACUGUUUUCGGAUCAACAGUGCAAACACCACGCUCCGACCCGCUUUGCCCUCGUUGAUUUGAAGGAGUGACAAAAAUGACAGUAUAGACAAUUAUGAAUUGAGUAAAGUGGACGUGGCUUCUGUAUGUUGCUGUAGAUCUGACAAAAACCUGUUUUGUCAUUUUGAAUAUAUAUAUAUAUAUAUAUAUA